AAGGCAGAUUGGAGAAGCGUUACGUACUCAAAUUCAAAUGGGUAACGUCUCAAGAGAAAAUAUUGUUUUAACAACUAAAUUAUGGAACAUUCAUCACGAUCCCCGAGAUGUACGCCGUAUAUGCGAGCACCAAUUGAACUUGUUGGGUUUCGAAUACAUCGAUCUUUAUCUCAUGCAAUUUCCCGUAGGUUACAGGCAUAUGUGUGAUGAGAUUCUUACACCUAUAAAUGAUAUCAGUGUGUUAACCACCGAUGUUGACUAUGUAGAUACUUGGAGAGCCAUGGAAGAACUGGUCAAACUAGGCUUGGUUCGAAGCAUAGGCCUGUCAAGCGGAAAACGCGACAAAACAACUUGA